AUGAUCUUGGCUUGCCUCACGGCAAGGAGGGUGGGAUUGUUGGCGUUGGAGACUAAUCGUCUGAAGAAACAUCUCAUGCUGCGUGCUGCGGAUCUUCCUAUGGGCAUCGAGACCUUCUUUGCUCACGAGAAGCUGCUGAAGCACUGGGAAGGGAAAAGUGCUCGCUGGAAGGUGGCGUGCGAGAAUUUCAUGCGAUCACCGCUAGGGGUUCUCCCUGUGGCGAAUACCAGAGAAGCUGUGGAAGGGGAGCGGAUUGUAUUCAAUAGGCGUCUUCUAAUCAACGGAACCACACCGGUAGGGGGACAGCGUGACGCAAAGCCAUUGUGGGAGAAACGCCUUGGUGACCUGAUCGUGACUGGUGACAAUGUUGCUCCUGAGCUGAAGGAUACAGCCACCCUGGAACGGGAACUUGGGGGGAAGGGAGCCGCGAGGUUGGCGAGGAAAGCGUUUGAUGCUGCGCCUCAGGAGUGGAAGGCGCUGUUGCUCAGUGCUCCCCCUCUGUCACCCGGCUCAGCGGGGGGCAGGCGGGUCUUCAGCUCCGCAGGGCGCAAGCUCACCGAUUUCCCCAUCUUUGACAAUGGGGGAAUUGCGCCCCUGAAGCGGUUAAAGCUGCUCUGGAGGGAGGGGCAGAAGCCAUCAACGAAGCAGCAACUGUGGCAGGGCAGGUGGAAUGGGUAUAUCAACUGGAAAAGGACUAUUGCCAUCCGGGACUCUUUAGCUACUCCAAUAAACCGACCUGCCCGUACUGUGGUGGUGUAG